AUGAUAACAGUAUCUUUGAUUUGGGGAAUUGUUGUUGUAAUGUGUUGUUGUUUGUGGCUUUUUCUUGGAGUGAGGAGAAGGAAGACGGGUGAACCACCUUUGGAGAAUGGGUUCAUCCCAUACCUGGGCUGUGCACUGCAAUUCGGUGCCAAUCCUCUUGAAUUCCUCAGAGCAAAUCAAAGGAAGCAUGGUCAUGUUUUUACUUGUCAGCUAAUGGGAAAAUAUGUCCAUUUCAUCACAAAUCCCUUGUCCUUCCAUAAGGUAUUGAGCCAUGGAAAACACUUUGACUGGAGAAAAUUCCAUUUCACUACUUCUGCAAAGGUGUUCGGGCACAGAAGUGUCGACCCCAGUGAUGGGCAUACCACUGAAAACAUAAACAACACCUUCAUCAAAACCCUGCAGGGCGAUGCUUUGAAUCCCCUCGCAGAAGCAAUGCUGGAAAACCUCCAGCGAAUAAUGAGACCCUCCGUCCCUGCGGAACCCAAGCAUGCGGCCUGGGUAACAGAAGGCAUGUACUCCUUCUGCUACCGUGUGAUGUUUGAAGCUGGGUAUCUAACCCUUUUCGGCGAAGACCUCACAAGGCAAGAAUCACAUCGAGCGCUGAUGCUAAGCAAUCUGGACAACUUCAAGGAAUUUGACAAGAUCUUUCCUGCGCUGGUGGCGGGCCUGCCCAUUCACAUGUUCAAGGCUGCACACCACGCUCGGGAGAAGCUGGCCGAGGACUUGAGACACGAGAACCUCCGCAAGAGAGACCGCCUGUCCGACCUGGUCAGCCUACGCAUGUUGCUCAAUGACCAGCUCUCCACCUUUGACGACAUGGAGAAGGCCAAGACGCACCUCGUCCUGCUCUGGGCCUCUCAAGCCAACACCAUCCCAGCCACUUUCUGGAGCUUAUUUCAUUUGAUCAGGAGUCCUGAAGCAAUGAAAGCAGCUGCUGAAGAAGUGAAUAAGACAUUAGAGAAUGCGGGCCAAAAAAUCCAAUUUGAAGGCAACCCGAUUUGUUUGAAUCAAACUCAGCUGAAUGGCAUGCCUAUUCUAGACAGCAUCAUCAAGGAGUCUCUGAGGCUCUCCAGUGCUUCCUUGAACAUCCGGGCAGCAAAGGAGGACUUUGCUUUGCACAUUGAAGACAAGUCCUUCAACAUCCGAAAAGAUGACUUCAUAGCUUUUUAUCCUCAGUUGAUGCACUUAGAUCCUGAAAUCUAUCCUGACCCUUUGACUUUUAAAUAUGAUCGCUAUCUUGAUGAAAAUGGGAAAGCAAAGACCACCUUCUAUAGUAAUGGACUCAAAUUGAAAUAUUACUACAUGCCCUUUGGAUCAGGAGCUACAAUAUGUCCAGGGCGACUAUUUGCUGUGCAUGAAAUCAAGCAAUUCUUAAUUCUGAUGAUUUCCUACUUUGAGUUAGAGCUUGUGGACAGUAAGAUUAAGUGUCCUCCUUUGGACCAGUCUCGGGCAGGCCUAGGUAUCUUACCACCAUUAAAUGAUAUUGACUUUAAAUAUAAAUUCAAAGAUUUGUGA